UUGGACUCCCUCUUGCUCGUAUGCACGUCGCCAUUGCUCAUGGUGGGAAUAAUGACAUUGAGGUGGUUCUACCGUCGCCUUCAGGCUCGCCAUGCCGCCCCACCACUGCCAAACGUCGUCAAAAGCAACCUCGCGUAGCCACGAAACAGUCACAUUGCUGGACAAAAGCAACCACGACCCGACGUGGUUUGAAGCAGUGGUGUGCCCUGCAGUUGCCCUGCCGCCGACGUGGUUGGAAGUGGUGGGGGCGGCGGUUGGGUUCGCUGGGGUUGUCGCGCUCUUGUCCACGGCCACAGACCAAGGAAGCACGAGUCAUGACGUGACCUUGGUCGGAAAUGCCUCAGCUUUGCUCGGAGCGCUCGUCAUUGUCGUUUACUUUGAGGGAUGUUCGACAUGUCGAAAGUGGAUGCCGCUAUUUCUGUAAUGCUGUCCAUCACGACGAUUGCCGCCGUCGACUUGGCAGUCGCAUCGCUCUUGUUUGAGCCGCACAGGACCGUAUCGGGGCUAGGGCCCGACUCGUUGUUUGGGCUGCUUGGGGACUUGAAGCUGUUUGGACUGCCUUUGGUGCCGCCUUCUUCGUAGGGUUCUUCGGGCAUGCGUGCGCGAACAUCGCUGUGGUGUACGUCAGCCCGUUGCUGAUAUCCCUGGCGGCGUUGUGGGAGCCCCUCAUCGGGAGCCUUGUGGGGUUUUUGUGGGCGUGCAAGGCCCACCAGACAUUAUGACCCUCGUAGCCGCCAUCUUCCUUCUCGGAGGCGCCCUCUUGGUCACAUUAGGCGGCCGAGACAAGAAACCAUCGGACAUAAGAUCAUUCUCGGGUUCUUGAUAUAUGACCUUUGACACCUGUAAAGAUCCAACUACCGGUACAUUCCACACCAAUACAAGUAAUUCUCUCGCCUUGGCUAUUACUUCGAAGUAGUAGUAUUCAUUGUAACAUUCCACGGCCUCCUUGGCCACUUCCAUCCUUAAGUUAAGCGGUUGGUGG